CGUCAGAAUACCACUCGAAUAUGAGCAACAAGGCUGCGGCGAAGAAGGCGGCGCUGGAACUCCUGGAUUUGUGCAAGAAGGAUGGAGUCCGCCUUCCCACAGAUUCCAUGAAUGCCAUGGUCCAGGCUGGCACGAUGUUAAAUGCCACCCGUGCCGACGGAGAAUACAACCUGCAGGCAGCGUUGGCGGCAAUGACAGAGAAAUUUGGCGCUACAACGCCCGCUGUCGAGACGAAGAAACGAAAGGCGGCGGCAGGUGACAAGGUGACCAAGAAGGAAAAGGACGAGUCUGUCAAGGAGGAGGACGGCGAUGUCGACGACGACGGCGGCGCAACGUCUCCUGCCGCGAAGAAGAAGAAGAAUGUGGCACAAGCCACCGUUGCCAAGAACCAAGCGUUGGCGGAAGCGUUUUCAGACCUGGCUGGGUUCGAGUUCAAGAAAGGGGACCGGUUCAAGGGCGGGUCGUACUCGAAGGUCGCCAAGGCCAUCCGAGAUGCAGAAGACGAGCUCACGUCGGGAAAGCAAGCGAUGAAGCUGAAAGGCGUGGGGAAAGCAAGUGCCACCAAGAUCGACGAGUUUUUGGAAACCGGCAAAAUCGAAAAGUUAGAAGAGUACCGGGCAGGCAACAUGUAAUAUAGCGUGUGGAAUCGUAUGCAAGUAUAUUUCC